GUCUUUUCUUGUACAGUACAAGACUCGCUCUACCAUAACCCAUACGCUCGCUUUGCUGGGUUGCUUGUCGUUUCCACUCGCUUUUCUCUCGGUAUUGCUCCAGAGUUUUAGAACAGUCUUUUAAUCCAUAUACCCUAAUCAUGCGUUCCGCCAUCUUUUCCGCCUCCAUGGCCUUGCUUGCCAGUGUUUCCGCCCUACCGUCUCCUCAGGAAGCUCCGUCAACCAAGUUCGUUACCCCAUUGCCGGUCGUCAAGUUCGCCGAGACACGAAAGUUCUCCACGCCUAUCCUACCAGAGGUCGCAAAAGUCAUUUUCGACAACUACACUGCCACAGCGCCAGAGGCCCCCGCCGCACCAUCCUUCAGAGUCCUCAGCUUUUCCGCUGCUGCUGCAACAUGCUCCAACCCGCGUGUGCGCACCGAAUGGGACGCCACAUCCGACUCAACCAAGCAAGCAUUCGUCGACUCAAUCAAGUGCUUAAUGAACAAGGCUCCAUCAGGCCAAUUCCCCGGAUCCAGGAGCCGAUACGAGGAUCUCGUCUCACUGCACCAAGGCUUAACACCCAAUGUCCACGGAAACUCAAAGUUUCUUCUCUGGCACAGGUACUACACUUGGGUGUUUGAGGACGUGCUACGCACCGAGUGCGGCCUUUCGGUACCCAUGCCAUGGUUCGACGAGACGCGGUAUGCCGGCCGCUUCGCACAAUCCUCAAUCUUCUCCAGUAGGUGGCUGGGCAGCAUUGCUGUUGGUGGAAACUGUGUAACGGAUGGUCAAUUUGCCAACCUUGCCAUCAACAUCGGUCCCGGCUCCGGCAACCAAGUCCAUUGUCUGUCCCGCAACGGUGACGGCGCAAAAACCCAAUACUGCAACUCCGCCUACGUAAACCAAUGCAACGCAUACAGCGACUUCGCCGGCAUGGCGCAGUGCGCUGAGAACGGUCCUCACGCCUGGGGCCACAACGGUAUCGGAGCCGUCAUGCAAGACACGUAUGCCGCGCCCGCCGACCCCAUCUUCUGGCUGCACCACGCUUUCGUCGACCGCAACUUUCGUAUCUGGCAAAACUCCAACCCGGGUGUUCGUACCACCACUAUCAACGGCAACGAUGCUUCUGGCAACCCACUUACGCUUGAUACCGAGAUCAGCGUAAACGGUGUCCGACCGAAUAUCAAGGUUCGGGAUAUCUUGGAUACCGCUGGUACCCUGUGUUACAAGUACAAUUACUAAAGCUUGUUUGAUUCUUGGUGUUUUCCGGUUAGCGUUUGCUUGGGUAAACAGGAGAUUCUGUUCUCGAGGAAGGCCAUGGUUUUUAUUAGCGCAUCUGUAUAUAACUCUUCUCGUGCAAUGCCAUGUGUAUCCUCAGAAA